GUGAAUCAUUUCAGAGAGUCGUUCUGAAAGAACCGAUUCACUCGCGAAUCUCUCGUCAUCAGCAGCCGGCAGCUUGUAAGCGGCACGGUGGAGUUGACGGUGCAGUUCACGGUGCUCUUGUGAGUUAGUCUUCCUGCAGACUGACGUGUGCGGUAUAAUCUCUCCAUGUGAGCAUGGGGAGAAAUCAUUUCCCAGUGUAUUUGCUGACAGCUGCUUUCCUGGUUCACGUGACCUUGCAAGGAGAGCACCAGCGGCGUCUUUAUAAGGAUCUCAUGCAGAACUAUAAUCCUUUAGAGAGACCUGUGUACAACGACUCUCACUCCCUGACUGUUCACUUUAGUUUCAGCCUUAUGCAGAUCAUGGAUGUGGAUGAGAAGAAUCAGGUUUUAACAACCAACAUCUGGUUACAACUGUACUGGGUGGAUUAUUAUCUGCAGUGGAACCUGAGUGACUACCCUGGAGUGUCCAAUGUGAGGUUUCCUGAUAAUCAGAUCUGGCGACCUGACAUUCUUCUCUAUAACAGUGCUGAUGAGAGGUUUGAUGCCACUUUUCAUACCAAUGUGCUGGUCAACUCUUCUGGCUACUGCCAAUAUCUACCCCCAGGAAUUUUUAAGAGCACCUGCUACAUUGAUGUGCGUUGGUUCCCCUUCGAUGUUCAACGGUGUGAUUUGAAGUUUGGAUCUUGGACAUAUGGAGGCUGGUCUCUGGAUCUGCAGAUGCUGGAAGCAGAUAUCACAGGCUACAUAGCCAAUGGAGAGUGGGAUCUAGUGGAGGUUCCUGGAAGGAGGAACGAGAGGUUUUAUGACUGCUGUAAGGAGCCGUACCCUGACAUUACCUUCACACUGGUGAUGAGGAGAAGAACACUCUACUACGGCUUAAACCUACUCAUUCCCUGUGUGCUCAUCUCCACCCUCGCACUACUGGUGUUCCUGUUGCCUGCUGACUCAGGGGAAAAGAUCUCUUUGGGAAUCACUGUGUUGCUGUCACUGACUGUCUUUAUGCUUCUGGUGGCUGAAAUCAUGCCAGCAACAUCAGAUUCAGUGCCUCUGAUUGCUCAGUAUUUUGCUACCACUAUGGUGAUUGUUGGGCUCUCAGUCAUUGCUACAGUGCUUGUGCUGCAAUAUCAUUACCAUGACCCAGAUGGUGGCAAGAUGCCAAAGUGGACACGCGUGGUGCUGCUGAACUGGUGUGCCUGGUUCCUGCGUAUGCGACGCCCAGGUGAGCAUCACGUCCACUCAGCCUGCCACAACAAACCUCUUCACAGAGGCAGUGUGUCCAGUGUGGAGCUGUGUGUUGACCAGGGGACACUGCAGGCUUCGAACACCAACACACUCUACAUCGGCUUCAGGGGCACAGAGGGAGUUCACUACUCCAGCUCAGCUGAGUCGGCACUGAUUUGUGGUCGCUUUAUGCGAGCCAAUGAGGAGGAGGUGUUGCUAUCGGGGGCCACGGCGCCGCUAGGGGCCAGGGUCGGAGACGGGCACACCAGAGGUACUAUAGGAGGGCCUGCAGUGACUGAUUUAGCAAAGAUUCUAGAGGAAGUGAAGUAUAUCACGAGGAGAUUUCGAAACCGGGAUGAAGAUGCAAGCAUGUGCAAUGAGUGGAAGUUUGCAGCAGCAGUUAUCGAUCGUAUGUGUCUAAUGGCUUUCUCUUUCUUUACAAUACUCUGCACAUUUGGUAUUCUUAUGUCUGCUCCUAACUUCGUGGAGGCGAUUUCUAAGGACUUCUUUAGUUAGUAGACAGAGCCAUAUACACUCACAUAGACUUAUUUUGAGUGUUUCUUAUACACCGGCUACUAUAUUUCUGUAACACUCUGUUACUGCCAAAACACUAACAGGAGCAGUCAGUGAAAGUGAUUUUGUGACCUGUGGGUUCAUACAUACAGGUGAACAACAUGCAGGUUCAAAUGCAGUAUUUUUCAAACUAAUUUCUAUGUACCACAUCUGUGCAUAUGUACUACAGGCAGUAUUUUUGGCACAGAAUCUCAGGACAGAUGUAUGUGACUGUAUAGCAGCCCUGCAAUGUAUUUACAUCCCAUCCAGAGUGUAUUCCCACCUCACACCCAGUGUUUCUGGGAUGGGCUCUGUAUCAAGCGCAAACUUGACAACAAUAUAGAGGUUACUGAAGAUGAAUAAAUGAAUUACUGUUAAGCACAAAUUGAAGACUAUAAACGUUACAGUGUAAUAAUUAGCCUGAGACAGACAUGAGAGAAAUUACAGAUUUAUUACAGAAUUAUACAGAUUUAGAGAUUUAUUUGCAAAUAGAAAUGAGCUUGGAGUAAUCACACAUAUACACACACACUACAGAUGUGGUAAAUAGAGAUUUUGUUGAAGAACGCUGGAGCAUUCAUAUAAUAGGAAGCAUAACACUCUUUCCCAGUCACAUAAAUAUUAAAGUAUCAUAGCAUUGUUAAAGUGUUCUCUCACUGUUCAUUAUUGAUGUCACUGUGUGGUGUUGUAGGUUUGCGGAUUCUCAAGGUAGCUUUCAUAAUGGUGGAAAUAGCUAGCAUUCAUCACCCUGUCAGGUCCCAAAGAGUGUCAGUGUUUCCGUAUAUAAGUUCACGUGUUAAAGCACUCCAAAACAUAGCACAAAUUCUCUUUGAGCAUCUUUACAUAUCUGACACUUUCAUUGUUUACAAAGCACUCCAAUAGGAGUUUGCCAUAUACACUCACAGUCAAAACUCCUGGAGUCUAAUUUAAUCACUUUCAUUGCCACAAGGCAAAAAUGAUAAAGAUAGCAAUUAAAUAAAGAAAUCUAAAUCCUUGUAUUUAAGGAUUUAUGCACUCUCAGAUUCUAAUGGGGUGAUAAAUAGCUGAUGCCCUUGUUUGGUGAACCAGGUACUAGACUGUAAGUCACUGUAAACCUAGAUUUGUCUAAAGGUUGAUAUUAUGCAACUGUUAUAUAUUAGACAAAUAUAUGUUGUGCCUAAUUAGAGUGAUCCAGGUCUGUAUUUUCCAGUUAAUUUUCCAGAAUUUAUUCCAAUAAAAUAAAAAUACAUUUUACAUAAACCCA